CCUCCAAUCAGCUGUUGCAUCAGUUAUGCCGCUAUAUUGUUCAUAAAAAUGUUAUCCGCACGCAGACUAUUACGAGAACCGCGGAUUUCCGGCGCUUUGAGCUGGUCUCGUUGGAGCAGCGAUGCCGCCAAGGCCACCACAGAAUCAUCCGUGCUGCCGGACAGCGCUGAGAAGCGUCAGCAGCUGCUCAACGAGCUGGCGGAACCAUUGGAUCAGCGAACCCGGCCCGCCAUCGAUCCCAAGGAAACAAGCGUGAUGCUUUUUCCUGGCCAGGGCACACAGUACGUUGGCAUGGCCAAGGACCUACUCCGCUUCCCCGGUGCCCGCCGUAUUUUUGAGCUGGCCAACGAGGUGCUACAGUACGAUCUACUUAAGAUUUGUCUGGAGGGACCACGUGAAAAGCUAAAUAGAACGGAGCACGCGCAGCUGGCGGUGAUGGUGUCCUCGCUGGCCACACUCGAGCAGUUGCGCGAGGAGCGGCCCAAGGCAAUCGAGACGUGUGUGGCAGCCGCCGGCUUCAGUUUGGGUGAGAUUACCGCCCUGGUGUACGCGGAUGCGCUGCCCUUCGACAAGGCUCUGCGAUUGGUCCAAGUACGUGCCACUGCGAUGCAGGCGGCUUGCGACCAGGCAGCUGGAGCUAUGGCCAUGACGCUAUACGGUCCGGACACCAAUCUAGGGGAAGCGUGUAACCGGGCGCAGCAGUGGUGUCUGGAUAAGGGAGUGGAGUCGCCCUACUGCGGCAUCGCCAACUACAUGUACCCGCACUGUAAGGUGGUGGCCGGCAAUGUGGAGGCCAUCGAGUUCCUGGAACAGAACGCCAAAGCCUUUAAGAUCCGGCGCAUGAAGCGCUUAGCCGUGAGCGGUGCUUUUCAUACUCCCCUGAUGCAAAGCGCGGUGGAGCCCUUUAGCAAAGCCCUAAAAACGGUGCAACUGCAGGAUCCCGUCAUCCGUGUGUACUCCAAUGUGGAUGGCAAACCCUACCGGCACGCCAAGCACAUCCUCACACAACUACCCAAGCAGAUCGUUCGUCCCGUCAAGUGGGAGCAGACCCUCCACGAAAUGUACGAGCGCAAGCAGGGCGUCGACUUUCCACGCACCUUCGAAUGUGGUCCUGGCAAAGGGCUCGUCCAGGUCCUGGAGAAAGUCAACGCAAAGGCCGCACAGUCAAGCAUAAACGUCAUAGCUUAACUUUGUGUAAAUAAACAUAUGUAGAGUUUGCUUUUAUAAAAA